UCUCCGAAUGACAGCAAAACAUUCAAGAUGGCGGACGUUUUGGGCGAGACUAUCCUCCAACGUGUGGAGAAAGACGGACAGAUUUCGACAGAUUUGUUGGCUAACUAUCUACAGAAAGACCACCAGCAGAUUGUCGGAGCCGUGAAAAGCUUACAGGCGCUAGGAAAUGUCAUCGAAACAAAGCAACAAACCAGUAAAUACUGGGAGUUGACCCUGGAAGGCAAGGACAUGGUGAAAUCGGGAAGCUACGAGGCCUUAGUCUUCCAGGCCGUGCCACAAGAGGGCGGUAUACUACAGGCUGAACUCAUGAAAUCCGUUCCAAAUGGCAAGAUUGGUUUCAGCAAAGCCAUGUCGGCAGGAUGGUUAGAGGUCAACAAAUCGGCGGCAGGAGGCCCAAGAAUUAUGAGAAAGGUGUCCAGCAUUGUUGAUAAGGUCCAAGAUCAACUGCAGAAAGUCCAAGCUGGGAACAUUGGGUCGCUGACAGACAAGGAAAGGGCAGAACUGAAGAAGAGGAAACUCAUCCAAGAAGUGACAAUGAACACUUUCUUGGUCAUGAAGGGCAGUGAGUUCAGCACGUCAGUCAGCAAGCCCGAGACAGACCUUACACCAGAGAUGCUUGCCAGUGGAUCCUGGAAGGAUCAUAAGUUCAAGGAGUAUAACUUGGAUGCCCUUGGUGUCAUGCCGGCCAGCGGUCACCUGCACCCAUUGCUGAAAGUCAGGGCUCAGUUCCGGCAGAUCUUCUUGGAGAUGGGCUUCACUGAAAUGCCGACCAACAAUUACAUUGAGAGUUCCUUCUGGAAUUUUGACGCCUUGUUCCAGCCCCAGCAGCAUCCUGCUAGGGAUUCACAUGACACUUUCUUCAUUAAAGAUCCCCAAUACGCACAUGAAUUCCCCAUGGAUUACUUAGAAAGAGUCAAAACGGUUCACUCCGUCGGUGGCUAUGGAUCGCAAGGGUAUAAGGCAGAUUGGAAGAUAGAAGAAGCCAAGAAGAACGUCUUGAGGACGCACACGACGGCCGUCAGUACCAGAAUGCUGUACCAAUUGGCACAGGAGGAAAAGUUCAGGCCGGUGAAGUACUUCUCCAUCGACCGAGUGUUCCGCAACGAAUCGCUAGAUGCCACGCAUCUGGCUGAAUUCCAUCAGAUAGAGGGCGUCAUUGCUGACUACAAUCUGACCUUGGCUGACCUCAUUGGGGUCCUGCAUGCAUUCUUCAAGAAACUUGGAAUUGAGAAGUUGCGUUUCAAGCCGGCCUACAACCCCUACACUGAGCCCAGCAUGGAGGUCUUUAGUUACCACGAGGGUCUCAAGAAGUGGGUGGAGGUGGGUAACUCGGGAGUCUUCCGUCCCGAGAUGCUGCUACCGAUGGGUUUACCUGAAGACGUGGUGAUCAUUGCGUGGGGUCUGUCGCUAGAAAGGCCCACAAUGAUCAAGUACGGCAUAGACAACAUCCGUGAUCUGUUUGGCCCACGAGUCAACCUUCAAAUGGUCUACGACAAUCCUAUAUGUCGUCUGGACAAGUGAACGGCAUGUGGCAAUUCUCUAGAGCAACUUAUCCUCAAUAUCUUGUAGUGUAUUUACUUCGUAAGCUAUUCCAUUAUGUGAGCAGCAAGGCAGAGUAGAAUCACGCAUAAUGCUGGCCCCACUUUGAGAAAUGGAAAGAUGUUUUAAAUUUAAAUUAAAAUCCUAGGAUCUCAGUGCCAUUUUGUGGCAAGGAUUUAAAGGAAAAGGUUGUACAUUGUCAUGCAAGAGAUUACCACUAAUAGUAAAUAGUGUGCUAGUAGACCUAAAAAACCCCGAGAUUUUUCAAGAAUACAGCACCUCUGGACACUGUGUAUAGGAUCUAUGACGUGUGUAACAUCCUAUUUCUCAUUUUUGUGUCUCGACUAUACUUUGUGCCCCGUUUAUUUUGUGCCCGUCCAAUCAAGGGCAAUAAAUGGGUAUUCGAAAGGAAAGAAAGCACUACAAUUUACAACUCAUUGAAAAUAUUGCGAAUUGAUGAGUAUUAUGUAAUUAAAAUUGUUGACCUCAACCGCCGUUCAAUAGAUCAUGCGGUAUCAAUUGGGUAAAUUCAAACACGGGGGGGGUCUUUGACUAGACUAGUCAGUGUUUGGUACCAAGACGUUCACAGAAAAAGUGAACUUGGACUGGCAAGACUUGCAUAUCCUGAACUUGGUUGCUAAUUUUAAUUUUGUAUAUUGGUUUUGGUUCAAAAGGUGAAAGGUCAGGGUCAAUUUGUUUGAAACUUUUUCAAGAAGACAGCUGAUGGACUUGACAGGCUUUUAUUGUAUUCGCGCUUGCUAAAUUCCAGUGCAUUUUUUUUUUUUUUUUAUUAUGGACAGGCAAAGUAACAAAAAAGAAUAAAAGAAAAGUUAGUAUACAUAUGUUGCAUGUUUACUUGAAUAAAAGUUUAAUUGCACAUUUAUUCCCCAAAUUGACACUUGAACCAAAAGAUGAAUUAAAAAAAGGUGUUUUUAUACAUUUAUUUCACAAUGAAACACAUUCACGGGAGUGAAUUUAUGUACAACCUCUUGAGGAAUGAUCAUGAUUAAGUAAAUAAAUUGUACUGACAAGGAGUUUGGGCCUGUGAAA